AUGAAUUAUAGGAAAAAGAUAAUAUAAUAUGAAGAAGAUACUAAAUCGAUAUAAGAUAGAUAAAUGAGUAGAAUUUUAUAGAUCUUCCCUUAUGACAACCCUUAUGAUUAAUAAAUAGAAUCAAUGAAAAUUAUUCUCGAUAUUCUAUCAAAUAAAUAAAAUCUAUUAUUUUAGUCACCUACUGGAACAGGAAAGUCUUUGAUGGUAAUGUGUGCAGCAGCAGCAUUUGCGGAAUAUCAUAGUUCUUAGUUUUAAAUUUUAUUUUUAACCAGAACAAAUGGAUAGAUAAAUGGAUUAGUUAAAGAAUUAAACAAAAUUAGAAAUAUUGAUGAUUUCAUUAGUAAAUAUUCUAUUUUGGCUGGUAGAAAUAAUUUAUGCAUUAAGAAAGAUCAGUUUAGGCAGUAUAUGAUUGAUAAUAAAAUCGAUCCAAAUGGAAAGAAUUUACACAAGAAGUAUGAUCUCUUCUGCACAGACUGUAAAAAAUGCUUAAUUAAAACAAGCGCUAAAAAAGAUUUAGAUAAUGAGAACAUCUUAAAGGUUUCUGAAAGCAUAGUAAUUGGUGACCAAACAAAAGAAACUAGAAAUAAUUAACAAUAGUAAUAAUAAGACUAGAGUAGAGUUGUAUAAGUAAUGUCAGCUAUUGAAACUGAUUUAACAGAGAACUAAAACAAUGAAAAAUAUAUUACUUAGAAGAAUUUGGCAUGCCUACACUUUGGGUUAAAUGAAAUGCUAAAAGAGUAGGAAUAUAAAUUCACAGGAUACAGCAAAGUUAGAUUUAUGAAUUAGACUGACUCUAAUGAAAAUAGUAAUAAAUAAAAUUAAGAUUUUGAUUUAAAAAAUCACUUAAAUUUGCUUGAAUUGAUAGAAAAGCAAGAAGAAGAAUUUGAUGAAGACUAUGAAUUUGAAAGAGAUAGUUAAAAAUAUUAAUAAUUCAAGACAAAUAAUAUAACAAUUAAGAAUGAAGACAUCAAUCCUGAUUAUGAAGAAAGAUUACCUGACAUAGAGGAUAUGGUUAAAAUAUUUAAAGAAAAAUAGGCUUAAUGUCCAUUUUAUUUCAACAGAUACAUAGCUAAAUAGGCUAAUAUAGUUUUUAUGAAUUAUAAUUAUCUUCUUAAUCCUGAUAUACUAAAAUAUGUGAGUGCAAAUAUCAUUGAUAGACAGAAGAAAUAAAUCAUCAUUUUCGAUGAAGCCCAUAACAUAGAGCAACAAGCAGAGUCUUAAUUUUAAACCAAACUCAAGCUCAAAAACCUUUAAAAAUCUCAUGAAUUAAUUACUAAUAUUUUAAUUACCUUAAGAUUGGCAAAAUAGCUAAGAAUAUUAGAUGUGCUCAAACAAAAAGGUUUAGAGUUAAUAGAUAAAGUUAAGGAAUCCUCCAAAUCUAAAAAAAAUGAAAAGAAAGGAUAAGACUAGCAGGAUAAGUGCAACUAAAAUGGUUUUGAUGUAUAGAUAAAGUCUGAGUAUUUAGAAGAUGAAGAAAGUGAAGAAGAAUUUUAACCAUAGUCUCUAACAUAAAGAUAAGUUUAAAAUGAAAAUGAAGAACAAAAUAUUUAAAAUAAAGAUUAAGAGAUCAAGUAGCUUUAAUCAGAAAAAAAUCAAAUUUAAUAAUCAACUAGUAUUUUGAAAGAGAAAGAUCUUAAUAUUAUGCAACAAAAUAUAAAUAUUUAAACUAUUGAAUUAAAAUCAAAACGAACUAGGAAGCACAAUUAUUAAAUUAAUGAUGAAGAAAUUGAAUAAAAUAUUCUAGAUGAUGAUAAAAUUAAAUAAGAAAUAAAAUAUUAGAUAAAUUAAUAAAAUGAGAAUGAAGUUGAAAUCAAAGAAGAAUAAUAAUCUUUUUGCAAUGCAGAUUAUAAGAGCAAUAAUUUUAAAGAAGGAAGCUCAUUUUUAGAUAACUAAAGUAUUUUGGAUGAGCUAGAAAUUGAAAAUGAACAAAAUUUUAAAGAAAAAAUUUAGAAAGAAAGCUAAUAGAAAGAGAUAAUAAAAAUAGAGGAUGAAGAAUUAAAUGAGAUAGCCAUAGAUUUUAAUGAAAAACAAUAAGAAGGUACCAAUGAAGGAGAUUCCUAGUCAGAUGACAAAUAUGAAAACCAAAAGAAAAUCUUGGAAGAAUUUAUUUAAAAUUAUGAGUUAAAGCUACCUAAAAUAUUAGGCUACCUAAAUAAAUUAAUAAAUUACUGUCUAACUAGGUAGUCAAAGCUUUAAAAAGCUGAGAGUAAUUUAUUAAGUGAAUACCAUUUUAUCAAAUAGUAUUAUCAGCUAUUUGGGUUAGUAUCACAUGACAAUGAUUCAGAUAAAGAAAACAUUUUAAAAGAAGAAAAUGAAUAAAAAACUAUCCUUUAGGAAGCAAAUGAGGUUCUCAGAUAAAAAAUUAACAUAAACUCUGAUUAUUAGCAAAAUAUGGAUGUACUAAGUCAAUUUAGUGAAUUUAGUUAUAUAUUUUAGUAAAUUACAAGAUACAUCAAAGUAAAAUAUUCCAGAGAGUGCUAGCAAAAGGCUAUUGAGGAUAUUUUAGCAUCUGCAGUAUAUUAUGAAGGUAACCUUCAUUAAUUAAAAGUUACAUUAAGAUACUUUGCUAAUAAUCUUUAACCACUUAACCAUCUAACUAAGAUUAAAAAAAUCGUGCUUUUCUUGUCUAAUUUAAAAGAUUUUCAUCAACUUAGUAUGAUUUAAUAGCAAUAUAAAAAAAAAUAAUCAUUCCAUUAUCUAAGAAGUUCUUAAAAAUAAUACAAAAAUCUAUAAAAUGACUAAUACAUUAAUGAGGAUUUUAAUUUGGAAAGCCCUGAUCUACAAAAAUUGUAAGACUUUUACUUUUCAGCACAAAAAAAUGAAUUAAAAGAAGAUGUUAUCUUUACAUUAGGUUGUCUAAGUGGAAAGUAUGCUUUCAGAGAAAUAUUUUCUAAGUUGAAUGUUCAUUCGCUUAUUUUAAGUAGUGGUACCCUUGAGCCAUUCGAUAUUCUUAUCAAAAAUCUCGAUGUUAAAUUUGAAAUUUACUCAGGAAAGCAUGUAAUUGAUCCUUAAUAAUAAGUAUUCACUUAAUUUAUUAAAGAGUGCAGCAACAAUGGAAAGCCUUUGAACUUUUCAUUUGAGAAAAUUUACAUGGAUGACUUAGAAAUAAGAGAACAAAAGAGAUAAAAUAUAUUAAGCACCUUAUAAAUAAUCUAAAAUAUAGUCAAAACUAUUUAAGAUCAAAGUAUUAAAGGAGGAGUUUUAGUGUUCUUUAAAAGUUAUGAGUUAAUGUAUAGCUUUUAUUAAGCUUUUCUAGGCUCAAACGCUUAAAGAGAGUUGAAAGAUAUUCCAAUUUUCUUUGAAAAACCAACAAAUGUGUAAUUUUAAACAGAUUUUGCUCACUUUAAGAAACAAGUGUUAACUUUUAAAAAGACUUCCCUAUUUUUUGCAGCAUGCAGAGGAAAAUUGGCAGAAGGUAUUGACCUAAGUGACUCUUUAGCAAGGUGUGUCCUACUUGUUGGAGUGCCUCUUUGGAAUAUCUCUGAUCCUUACUUUAUUUGCAAGAAAAAGUAUGUCGAGUUAGUGCUAAAGAUGGAUCCUAAUGAAUGGUCAAGAAAACAAGUAAUAAAAUGUGUUAACCAAGCAGCUGGUAGAUCUAUAAGGCAUAGAUAUGACUGGGGCAGCGUGUUUUUUAUCUGCGAAUUAUUUGAUCAAGUACUUCAUCCCAAAAACUUUAAAAAAUAUAUAUCAAAGUGGAUUCUUAUGGGUGAAAAUAAAUAAUAAAAUUACAUAGAGGCCUAUAAACAGUUUUUAGCCAAAAAUUCAAAUUAUUGA